AUGAGUGCUUCUUUGCUAAACACUCCAAAGGGUCCAUUAACCUUUAAGGAUGUGGCUGUGGACUUCUCACUGGAGGAAUGGGAAUGUCUCGAUUUUGCUCAGAGGGCAUUGUACAUGGAUGUGAUGUUGGAGAAUUACAGGAAUCUAUUGUUUGUGGAAAAUCACCCCAUAUGUGGAAAUUAUAAGAAGGUCUUGGAUGAAGACACACUGUACAUUGUCCAUGAGCCUGUGAAUAUCCAAGAGAAGUCUUCUAAAUGCAAUGAACUUAGCAAAAGUAUUCAUGAUUCUACCCAAAGUACACCUCAUAAAACUAACCACAGAGAUGCAUCUCUUCAAUUCUCAAACCUAAAGAUACCUAAAACUGGGAACACCAAAGAUGUUUGCAAGUAUAAAGAAUGUGCAAACAGUUUAAAUGUAUGUUCACUCAUUAGUCUGAAUCACGGAAUCCACAUAGGAAAGAAAGAACAGAAUAGAAAUACAGAAUUUGAUGAGGUUUUUCUCUCUAAACAUAAACCAUUGCUGAAGAAACACAGUAGUGGAGUGAAGCCUUACAGAGGUAGUGAACCUAACCAGGGCUUUACCCAGAGAGACUGUCUUCAAAGUCAGGAGAGCAUUUAUCCAGGAAAGAAACCUCACAAAUGUAGUGAAUGUGAAAAAUCUUUUAAACAUAAAUUCAAUCUUAGGAUGCAUCAGAGAUUUCAUACACGAGGAAAACUUUACAAAUGCAGUGAAUGUGACAAGUGCUUUGCCCAAAAAUCCCAUCUUAGUAGUCAUCAGCGAAUUCAUACUGGUGAUAAGCCUUAUAGGUGUAGUGAAUGUGACAAAUGCUUUACUGUAAAAGGCAAUCUGAGAAUUCAUAAGAGAAUGCAUACAGGAGAGAAACCUUACAGAUGUAGUGACUGUGACAAAUGCUUUGCCAGGCAAUCGCAUCUUAUUACUCACCAGAGAAUUCAUACAGGAGAGAAACCUUACAAAUGUAGUGAAUGUGUCAAAUGCUUUUCCAGUAAAUCCCAUCUUAGUACUCAUCUGAGAAUGCAUACAGGAGACAAACCUUACAAAUGUAAAGAAUGUGACAAAUGCUUUACAGAAAAAGGCAAUCUGAAAAUUCAUCAGAGAAUUCAUACAGGAGAGAAACCUUACAAAUGCAGAGAAUGUGAAAAAUGCUUUGCCCAACUAUCACAUCUCAGUGCUCAUCAGAGAAUUCAUACAGGAGAGAAACCUUACAAAUGUAGAGAAUGUGACAAAUGCUUUACUGAAAAAGGCAGUCUGAAAAUUCAUCAGAGAAUUCAUACAGGAGAAAAACCUUACAAAUGCACUGAAUGUGACAAAUGGUUUACUGCAAAAAGUAGACUGAAAAUUCAUCAGAGAAUUCAUACAGGAGAAAAACCUUACAGAUGUAGUGAAUGUGACAAAUGCUUUCCCAGUACAUCCCAUCUUAGUACACAUCUGAGAAUGCAUACAGGAGACAAACCUUACAAAUGUAGAGAAUGUGACAAAUGCUUUACUGAAAAAGGCAAUCUGAAAAUUCAUCAGAGAAUUCAUACAGGAGAAAAACCUUACAAAUGCAGAGAAUGUCAAAAAUGCUUUGCCCAACUAUCACAUCUUAGUGCUCAUCAGAGAAUCCAUACAGGAGAGAAACCUUACAAAUGCCAUGAAUGUGACAAAUACUUUAGCCGUAUAGGUAGUCUCAGAAGGCAUCAGAGAAGUCAUACAUUAGAUAAAACUUACAAAUAA